GUUUAUCCUUGAGAUCUUGACAUGAGAUGUACCUUCAUGUGCGAUUUGAAGCUUGUCCCAGAUCUCUUUUGCCGAUUUGCAGCCAGUUACUCUGUGGUAUUCCUCUGGUCCCAAGGCGCAGUACAUCAGAUGAAGAGUUCCAUCCGGUUUCUCCAAUAGCCGUAGUGUACGCCUUCGAAUCGUGGUGGACGAGUUUGCGAGAAGCCAUCAGCCAUGAAUAUCCCUGUUGAUGCUGAUCCCGAACUCAUCUUCUCCGGAGACGGUUUCGCCUUUCAACACCGGAGCCGGGCUCUGAUACCACUUGUUGGUGGUCGAGCGCGAGACCAGCUUCCCUUUUUCUUUCGAUUUCGUUCUUCUUUGUUUCUGCAAGAACCCUAAUUUACCCAGCAGA